ARCAAUUAUUUCCUUUUGACCAAGAUGGCGGCUGUUCAGGCGAAGUCGAUGUACAAAUUGCCGGCAUUUUAUGAUGAUUCUAGCCCAGUUGAGCUUUCAAACUGUAUGUAUUCAGUGAAAUCAUAUCAUAAAAAGGAUAACACAGAGAAUCUCUGYAAUGGUAUCAAUGAAAACGAUUUUAGCGCAUUGGAGAAAARACAGGAGASUCUCGUAAAUGRCUUAAAAAGUCUYCAAAACGAAGUUAGAAAUUUUGCUUCCAAGCUUGGUGUCCGUCUUCCUUCCAAAUACAAAAAAAUACAUGUAUUUCCAACUGUUUUUUCUCGCUUUCCUUUUCAGAGUUGUYCAAAGACUGUAGAUCAUGUCAUUUCRGCUUCCCCUGRUGACCCCCCAUUGUCAGUUUUUUUCCUCCAACACAUCCUUAAACAGAGGGGUGUUGCCCAUUCAACAUCUAUGUUCACCCAUUCCACUGCUGCAGGUGUGGACCUGUCCAAACUACCUUCAUUUSAACAAUCACAAAAUGACAAGGGUCGAAAUUCUCCAUGCGUUAUUACUGUUAUAUGGAAAAAUGCUCCUGAAUUACCAGUUCUUGUAMUGUCAUCAAAUCAUACUCCUCUCGUUGGAGAGUUCACAAUUGCUCGUCAUAUUUGCCGGACURUAUUGCCUGACUUGUAUGGGAAGCUUGGUUUUGAUAAAAUAGCUGAGGUAGACCAUUGGAUGACCAUCGCAACAGAUGACAUUGUAAAUGGUAAAAGCAAAGAACGGGCUAAUGCAUUACAUUACCUUAAUGCUGCUCUUGGUAAAAGUAGCUGGUUGGUUGGAAAUCAGCUGACCCUUGCAGACAUAGCUGUUGCAAGUGCAGUUAUUAAAACUGGUUCAUCCAAAGCUCCUGCUAAUGUGAAAAAAUGGCUURAAAACUUUGAAUCCCAGCAAUAGGCAUURUUGUAAACUCYAGUUAUUUUCUUGCAAUAAAUAAAUUAUUCCAGUUAUUUGCAAUUUA